GAACCUACAACUUCCCAAAGGAGCCCAGUUUCAACACAUUCAGCUCAAGCAACAGAAACAUCAAACACCAUCUUACAACCUUCCCAAGCAACUCAGUUUCCACAGGAACAAUUACUUCCCAAAGGAGCCCAGUUUCAACACAUUCAGCUCAAGCAACAGAAACAUCAAACACCAUCUUUACUCAGAAGUCUGCAACCUUCCAAAGCAGCUCAAGUUCCACAGAAACCACUGUGCCUCCAGAUGUCACCCAAACAUCUGUCCUGACUAAGGAGGCAUCUGCAACAUCUUUCAGGGGCUCGGUUUCAACACAUGGAACACAACCCACCGACACUUCCCAAAAAACAGUCUUCACUCAGGAGCCUACAACCCUCCCAAGAAGCCCAGUUUCCACAGAAAAAGCUGAACCUCCUGAUGUCACCCACACCUCAGCCCUGACUGAUGCACCUACAACAUCUCUAAGAAGUCCAAUAUUAACACAGUCAACUGAAGCUUUUGAGACCUCUCCAACAACCGUGUUCAGUCAGGAAUCUACAACAUCCCCAAACCACUUGAUAUCAACCCACGCAAGUCAGGCAACAGACUCUAUGGAGACUGUAUCUACUCAGAAGUCUACAUCCUUCCUAAGCAGCUCAGUUUCCAUUGAUACAGCUGUACCUCCUGAGAGUUCUUCCAGUACUGUCCAACCUGAGGCAUCUACAACCUCCCAGAGCAGCUCAAUUUCAGCACAUGCAACUCAACCUGCUGAAACAUCCAAAACAGAAUUCACUCAAAAAUCUACAACCUUGCCAAGGAGCUCAAUUUCCUCAGAAACCGUUGCACCUCCUGAUGUCCCCCACACUUCUGCCCUGACUGAGGCAUCUACAACUUCCCUAAGCAGCACAAUUUUGACAAAAACAACUCAAGCUCCUGAGAUCUCUCAAGCAGCAGUCUUCACUCAGGAAUCCACAACCAUCCCAAGCAGUCCAAUGUUAACAGAACCAGCUGUCCCUUCUGAUACCUCAUCCUCUAGUACCCUAAUGGGGUCCUCUACCACAUCCACAAGCAGCUCAAUUUCUACACAAACAACUCAAGCCCCUGGGACUUCCCAAACAGCCUUCAUUCAAAAAUCUACACCCCUCCCUAGCAGCUUGGUUUCUUCAGAAACUGCUGUGUCUUCUGAGGUCACCCACAUCACAUCCCAAUCUGAGGCCUCUACAACUUUCCCAGGCAGCCUGAGUUCCACACAAGAUACUCAAGGUACUGAGACAUCCCUAGUAGGCUUCACUCAGAAAUCUACGACCUUUGCAACCAAAUCAGUUUCUUCAGAAACAGUCGUACCUCCUGAGAGUUCUCCCAGUACUGUCCAGCCUGAUGCAUCUACAACCUCCCCAAGCAGCUCAGUUUCAACACAGACAUCUCAACCCACAGAGUCAUUCCAAACGACUGUCUUCACUCUGGAACCCACAACCUUCUCUGGCAGCCCAAUGUUGACAGAAACCACUGGGCCUCCUCAGAUCACUCACACCACAGUCCACACUGAGGCAUCUACAGCCUCCCAGAGCAGCUCAGUGCUGUCACAGGCAACUCAUAAAACUCCAGGCUCUCAAAAAACAGUCUUCACUCAGGAAUCUACAACCAUCCCAACCAGCACAAUUUCC